UUUAAAAAAGACGUUUUACAUAUUAUUUACCUACCUACCGACAGAAAAAUUAAUCCCAAUAUUGUUGGACUUUUUGAGAAUCAGUUGUGUGAUUGCUUUCUGUAAAUAUAGGUAGAGGUACCUAGGCUAUAAUAAUAGACCACGAUUGAUUAUUUAUUUCAAGUACCUACCUAAUUGAAAAUCAUCGUGUAUGUGUUAAUGAUUUUUUGAUUUCUAAAGAAAUGGCGUUAAUAUUAAUAUUCGCGAGUUUAAUUGUAAUUAUUUUUAUUUUAAUAAAAUAUGUGGAUAAAUUAAGAAACAAGAGGUUUUACGAACUAUUGAAGCAAUUUCCAUCGUAUCCGACAUUUCCUUUGAUUGGAAAUUGCCAUCUUAUUCACGUUUCACCAAAAGAUAUGCAGAGAACACUUGAAAAUUUACUGGGACCUCAUCGUCGUUUACUUUUCUGGUUGGGUCCUUUUCCUAUUAUUGCUUUGAAAAAAUACGACGAUAUUAUAGCUAUAUCCAACCAAACUCAAGAUCGUGACAACUUGCUAAACUUUGCAAAUGAAUGGCUUGGCACGGGAUUACUCAAUGCUAACUACGACGAAUGGAAAAAAUCGAGAAAAAUCCUCGCACCAGCUUUCAGUUCACUUAUGCUCUCGAGAUACGUUGACGUUUUCAAGAAAAAAGCUUCACUUCUUGUGAACUCCUUGGAGCCGGCAGCAGAUUCUGGCCAAGUAUUUGACUGCCGAGAUAUUUUGAUAAAAAUUAAUGUUGAUACAAUUGUAGAAAACACAAUCGGAAUACCAGUAAAUAGCACGGGAGAAGAAGGAAAACAAUUUGCUCAUGCUGCGGCACUGGCAUUUCGUGGCCUAAUGAAGCGCCUAACAAGACCUUGGUUGUAUCCACGUUUUGUUUACAAAAUGUAUUUAAAACUAACAGGAAAAGAAAAUGUUAUCCAACAAUAUCGUAAUUUGCCUGCUAAGAUAUUGAAGGACGAACUGAAUAAUAAUAAGAACCGAAAAGAUUUCGAAGAAAAUGACGAUUCUUUGAAAACAAUUAUCAGUUUACUCGUUAAAGGAAGCCUGCAAGGGCCAACUUUCACUGAAACACGCAUGAGAGAUGAGUUGCUACAUAUAAUGAUGGCAGGUAGCGAAACUACAUCAUUAAAUGUGGGAUUUACUCUUCUAAUGCUGGCCAUGUAUCAAGAUAUUCAACAAAAAGUUUACAAAGAAAUCUCCGAACUUUUCAAAGACAAUGACGAUCUUACUGCGGAUCAUUUAUUCCAUGAAUUGAAAUAUUUGGAACAAUGCGUCAAAGAAACGUCAAGAAAAUUUACUCAUGUAGUGGUUAAUUUAAGACGAACUCAUAAAGAAUGCAUAUUAGCAGACAAUACAAUUAUACCAGCUAAUAUCAUUGUCAUACCACUUAUACAUCUUGCCAACCAGGAUCCCGAGUUGUAUAAAAAUCCACAUAAGUGGGAUCCGGAACACUUUAGCGAUGAAGCGGUGAAAACUCGACCCAAAGGUAGUUUUAUGAGUUUUGGGUAUGGACCACGAUCUUGUAUAGGGGAUAGGUAUGCCAUAAUGUCAACCAAGACUCAAAUCGUGUAUGUUAUACGAAAAUAUCAUCUAUCUACAAAUAUAAAAGAACUGACGAGAGAUCACUUGACGUCGCAUUUAGCUAUAGGCAGCAAAAUUGGUUAUCCCAUAAAAUUUACCAAAAGAGUAUCGUGAACAUUAUUUUCAACUCUCUGUCCUGUCCUUUCUCGGAACCUGCUCUAUUGUCCAUGUUUCCCUUCUCCCUCUCACAUCACAUCUCUAGCGACGGUAGCGACUGACGAAUACAUUGCUAACUUUAGUUUUAAGAUGUAGGAUUACUGUUUAAAUAAACGUUUUAACGAACUGAUCAAA